GGCUGGGAUGGCUGAAGUUACAAAGUCGCGGCUAAAUCCUCCUCCAACGGCCAAACGUGUCUCAAGAGCCGAAAGUGGCUUAGUGCAAAGCAGCGAUCGUCGCGGAAGGAUCCCAUCGGCUACACCAAGUUCCACAAAGGGACCACUUCCAACCUCCAGUAUUCUUGUCUACUUCUCCCCCAGGUUUCAAAACUGCAAGGUCACGACAUUGCCAAGCGAGUGCCCGAACGGUACUAAACCCACCCGUGCUUGGCUAUACGCGUAAACGCUGUCCCAACACGUCUCAUUGGCCUGCUAAUUUCAGCAUCGAGCCUCUUCGAACCCCAACUGCUCCAGAAAAUCCCAUCCAAGCCUCACCCUGAAUGCUUUGCACCUCCACACGCCGCCGCUUGUCCCACUCAGUGGAAAC